AUGUGGGAAAAACGUGUGGAAAGCAUCUGGAGAGGAGACCCCCUUUACCAGCUUGUUUCCUGUUCUAUGACUGGCUGUCACGUAAUCUUUUCUUUGUGCGAUCGUAUCUACCUGCACAGGCAGUCAAGCAAUCAACAGCGAAGAUGCUUCUUUUUUCAAGGACAAAGAAAUACUGCUUAUAAUAUAGUUUGGCCAGCCACGGUUUCUCCAGCUCACCCAGUUCCUAAGCACAUAAAGAAGCCAGACUAUGUGACGACAGGCAUUGUACCAGACUGGGGAGACGACAUAGAAAUUAAGAAUGAAGAUCAGAUUCAGGGGCUUCGUCAAGCUUGUCAAUUGGCCCGUCAUGUUCUGCUUCUGGCUGGAAGGGCCUUAAAGGUUGGCAUGACAACUGAAGAAAUAGAUUCCAUUGUUCAUCAUGAAAUAAUCAGACAGAAUGCCUAUCCGUCACCUCUGGGCUAUGGAGGUUUUCCAAAAUCUGUUUGUACUUCUGUAAACAACGUGGUAUGUCAUGGUAUUCCUGACAGUCGACCUCUUCAGGAUGGAGAUAUUAUCAACAUUGAUGUCACGGUGUAUUACAAUGGCUACCAUGGUGACACUUCUGAAACCUUUUUGGUGGGCAAUGUGGAUAAAUCUGGUCAAAAGUUAGUGGAGGUUGCCAGGAAAUGUAGAGAUGAAGCAAUUGCAGCUUGCAGACCAGGGGCUCCCUUCUCUGUAAUUGGAAACACAAUCAGGAUGACAGUGCGUGUCUCCACACUUGCCCUUCCUGUCGGAGAAUCAGCUGUUGUCUGGCAAAAUGGGAAGAGGAUGGCCAGGAGGGAACUGACGCCCAGCUCUCCUGUCUCUGCCCGCUCUCAGGAGUAUGGUACCACCAUGCAAGAGGCUCUGCCUAUGGGUUUCGAUGGACAGCCUGGCACCUCAGUGAUGUUCCUUUACCAUCUGGGCGACUGUCGGGCCGUCCUGAUGCCAGACACUUUGCCUGGCUUUGCCAUCAGCAAAAGAGGAGCAGCACUGCAGGUACUCUUGACUCCACAGCCACUGGGCUGGAACACAUGGCAGCAAAACAUAAAAUCAAAGCCAAUAAUAAUGGAAGGAUCCCCCGAGUUUAAGAUUCUGAAGGAUAAAUGGACUGCAAUUUCUGUAGACAAUAAAAGAUCAGCACAGUUUGAACAUACCAUUGUGAUUACCUCAGAGGGAGCAGAAAUCCUCUCUAAACUGGUGGAAGAAGCCUAA